GUAUGGAAUAAAUGAUUGGAGUUAUCCCAUUGUUGCGUUUCUAAGUAACCUGUCGAAUGACUUCGAUGUAUGCCAAUACUUUGGAAGCAAGUGAUGGACACCCAGAGAAGUUCGAAGAACUGCGUAUAUGGAGACUAAACUCUUGUUUCCUAUAUGACCUACUGAUAUUGAAGAGAAACAGUCUUGGGCUUUACAGUUGCCAGUGGCUUCCAGAAACAGAUGUGGCUUUACGCCCUGGCUUCUUUUCACAAAAGAUUUUAUUAGGAAGAGCAGGGGAUGGAAAUAGUGCGUUCAUGGUGAUACAAGUGGAUAUGCCAGAUUCCAAGGAACAAGGAUAUUCAGAUGAUUUAAAGGAAGAGUUGAAGAGUGUAAAGGAACUCAGUUUGACAAAGCUACGGGUCUGUUAUAUAGGCUCGUUACGACAGGAUAUUCACCGAGUAAGAUAUUCCCCACAACAAAAUAAUAUAGUAGCUGGAAGAACUUCCAAAGCAAGUGUUGUGUUGUUCGAUAUAUCAGAGACAUCGACAUCGAACAAGCUUCAAGCAGAACCCUUAGAUAUUCUUGAUGGCCCACCGGAAAAGAAUAACUGUUUUUCCUUAGCUUGGGAUCCCGUUCGUAAAGGAGUGCUUGGAGCAGGUGGUCCAGAUAAUGGUAUUUAUCAUUGGGAUGUGAACGGUGGCAACGUUAGAGCUUUAAAUUGCUUGAGAGAUCCGCAACAAGAGACUAUAAAUGAUAUUCAUUUUCAUCCAACUGAAUCUAUUGUAGGUGCUGCCGGUGAACAAAAGAGAUUCACUUUAUUUGAUAAGACUAGUCACAGCGUGAUUGAAUCGAGGGUGGCACAUAAGAAAGGAGUCAAUUGCAUAGAAUUUCAUCCUCAAAAUGCAAAUUUGUUUCUCACUGGUUCUGAUGAUACGACUAUUGCAUUAUGGGAUAGAAGGAAGACUCAUCGUGAGUUGUAUAGGUUUACUGAUCAUCAUACAUCAGUAACCGAGUUACACUGGAAUCCAAUAUCUCCUAGUCUUUUUGCUUCUGCUGCUGACAGCAAAGUAUUUUUGUGGGAUAUGACACGUAUUGGAGCUUCUUUGGAUACGAAAGAUCUGGAUGGUAGUUCUCCAGAAUUACUAUUUAUUCAUGGUGGACAUAUCAAAGGAGUGGAAGGUUUUGAUUGGAAUUCAGAAGUCCCGCGUAUGAUCGCUAGUGUUAGUCUUGAUGAGUUUAUAGAAAUAUGGUCUCCUGGUUUACACGUUUUGGAUGAGCUUUGAAAAAGCAUACUUUGAUGAAUAUAUAUUUAUGUGUAGAUGCCAGAAAUAGACAUCUGAGAAUAUCUUUUGCCUCAUCAUCUUGGAACUUGAGCUGUAAAAGCAUAUAUUGUGGAGAUGUAUAUGUCGCUUCUCGUUUGCAAAUUCCAUUCCAUCAACCUUUAUCCACUACCACCACUACUAUUAUCAUAGAAACAAGCAAUAUGAAUAUAAAAACUAGCUAGAAAUUCCACUGUUUUUUUAAAGUUUAUGGUGGACCAUAGCAACCCUAUUUUUAUGGUUUUCAAAUAUUGAAUGUUCUCCUGCAAAUCAACAACUGUC